CAUGCCGGUAUCACAUGCGAAAGUUGCUAUGGUUACAGGUUACUGGUAGUAAAGUUGAUCCGUGAUAAACACCGUGUUUUCAGUGGUCGAGUGGUUCUUAAAAAUCCGUGGAAGUGGGCAUAUAAAAAUGACCGAAAACGGUUGUAGAACAUUAGUGGAAACGUUUUGUGCGAACGUCCAAAAUCAGGAGCGUAUGAUCCGACAGCGAGCGCUUAAGGAUUUCCUGGAGUAUGCCAAUCGAAAGUUGACCCCGGAGGAAGCGCCGGCAAUAUUCGACGGAACCUACCUGCACAUUCUUCGCUGCUAUGCCGAUCGCUUCGAGAUGAUUCGCAAUCUGGCUAUAACGUUGAUUGGGGAACUGAUGGACAAACUGCCGGCGAAUGAUUUCUAUUUGGGGUACAUUGUUCCCGUGAUUGCCCGUCGGAUUGGCCAGGCGGAAAUUAUUGAGGAAAGUGAGGAAAUCAGGUUGCAGCUUUUGGAACAAUUAGAAGCGAUUAUCCGGAAGUACGCAGACCCGGACGGUAGCGCUGGGGAUCCGCUGUUGAAAUCGUAUGAUAAUUUGAUCGAUAUUCUGGUGAAAACAUUGAAAGAUCCUUAUCCGGCUGCUCAGAAGCAAAGUUGUGAACUGGUGAAGCUUUUAGCCGAAUGUACACCGAGCAUGCACUAUCGGGCGGAAGCGCUGGUAACGCCAACUAGUGGGGUGCUUAAACAUCGGCAUUCUGCCAACAGGAUUGCGGCCGUUGAAGCGUUGGGAGUUCUUUCGUUGAAUAUUCACUCGAACGUGGAGAAAGCGGUGCAAAUUAUUGUGGACAUUUCACCUUUGCUGAUGGAUGGCGUUCCCUUCGUUCGAAGGGCGUGUGGUCGAGUGGGAUGCUUGAUGCUUUUGAAGCUGCGGGACCGCUACUCGUGCUUCUAUCGCAUACUUCCAUUGGUUUUGAAUUGUCUGACAGACGACACAGUGGAGGUUCGUGAGGAUAUUCUUAUUCGCUGGAGGGAAGCAGGCGAGUUGUACUACAAGGAAAACGAAGCUGAACUUUCCAAAACUAAACUGAUUGACAAAAUUCCGGCAAACUAUCCGCAGGAAUAUGAACGUCCUACACUGCCUUGCAGGGCUAUUGUCCAACGUAGCAUGAGAAUUGUGAAUCUGGUGCUUCAUGAAAUGGAAGAGUGGAAAGAGGACAUUCGGUUGCAUGCCACUAAGCUUUUGAAAUUAGUCAUUCUUCAUGCUGAGAAGUCUUUUUCUACGCUAUUCAUGGAGGUGAAUCCCGUACUAUGCAAGACGUGCAUGGAUUCAGACAAGGAUGUGGCGGCAGAAGCGCUGAAAGUAGCUCAGCUCUGUGGGAUCCUAUUAGAGUACGAUACAUGGAGCAAACAUGCACUACCAGAAUUUAAAAAAUUCCCCACUCUGGGUCAUCUGAAGUGCCUCAAUGCAAUGUACCAGUCCGCUGGUUGGGAUAGAUUCAAGGAUCUCACGAAAAUCACCAGUCUCCUUACGGACACCGACGUGUGCUAUCAAUUAAAAGAAAACUAUCAACUAGAAUUGCUGGGCUUCUGUGAAGCGCUUACUACAGAUUACCAUCGCGUGUUCACUGCUAAUGAAAUCGAAGGGCUCGCCAACGAAAUCGAUCGUGUGAACAUGGAACAAAUGCUCUACACCGUUCUGCUGAAAGUGGCUGCCUUUUCCUACGAGGAUGCCCAAAUCGUUCGGGACCGUGCACUACUAGUGCUCGCCAAACUAAAUCCGCAAACUGAAACACUCCACCAGCAGCAUCUGGCAAAUGUCAUCAAUUCGCUGGAGAAUCUUGAAUCUUCCAACUCGGAUGCAGCGGAAAGCAUUCUUCUGUUGGCGGGGAUGGUGUUCGUUUGUGGAUUCCGCCAGCCGUAUCACGGUGCGCUCAAAAAGGCACUGGAAACGGCCCUCAAGCACGCGAUUCCACAGGGAAAAAUCAAACUUUUUAGUUCGAUUUCUAUAGCGAUGUUGCGAUGGCACGAAACGAUGUGUAUUUCUGCGGAGGAACAAACGGUCCUUUUGCAAGAUUUUAUUGAAGACCUUAUCUCGCCCUACCUGGUGUGGGCCGCCGGAAGAAGUGCAGAAUCAAUUCGCUCAAUGGCAACAGCUUGCCUAUGUUCCAUGUCGCAGGGAGUGGAAAAUGCAAUUUUUGCUGCACUAUUUCCCAAGGAACUGAAAACGCUUGCUGGUCUGAUUGAGGAUAACAGCAUAGCGACACGUGCUUACGCUUUGCGAACGCUGCUAGCAAUGGAUGCGUUGGAUUUUGAAAAUCUGAAGCUAAUUGCAUUCGCGACCGUCGCUCGAUUGGAUGAUCCUAGCAGUGAGGUGCGGGAAAUGGCAGCCAGAUGCUUGGGGCGGCUGCAGCUUGGGGCCGGUGGUAACGAUGAUGAAUCAAGCUCUCGAGCCCGCUGGGAAGAGACGCUUAAACCGAUUAUCUCGACGAUGUUUCUACACUUGGAAAAUCCGGAACUGAAGCUGCGAGCUGCGAUUCUAGAAUCCCUCAGCCGAUUGGUCGUCCAUCAUCGCUCGUUAAUCAAAGGCCUGGCUAAUGAAGUUGCAGUUGGAUGUCCGUACAAGAAGGAUCUGGAUAAUAUCCUCUCUCAUCAAUAAAUACUGCUUUGCUGGUGCCGCGAAUCGUCGGCGUCGGCCAUUCUCCCCGUCCCCGACCAUCGUAGAUUCUGGAUUCCGAGCAAAACUACAAAGCGCACCAUCCAGCAGCAACAACACCGACCGGCACCAGCACCAUCAGGAUAAUUGAUUCAAAUCGUAUUUCGUCGAGUGAAUCUUUAUCAUCACUAGUCAGUAGCAUCAUCACUGGAGGGGAAGGAGGAGAUUGAGGUUCGUUCUUUUCUCUUUGCUUGAUUCCAACUAUCGGUUUUCCUUCGCAAAGGCAGAUGCUUUCCCGUUGUACAAUAAUCAAGCGAUUCGGGACCAAAUCCCCGCAAAAAAAAGGAUCAAUUGAACAGCAUCAGGGUUGGAUGGAAAAUUGGUCCGCUCUGUUCUGAGAUUUCCGAUUCAGUUUUUCGUCCAUUCAAUGCUCAUCAGCGAGCGCUGCAAGUCGAGGUAGAGUUGCAUUUGAUGCUUUCGACUUCAGUCGUCGCCGUUUCCGUCCGCUCGUAAUUGCAAUUAUGAAUUUUCUUUCUUUUAUCAUUCAAUCGAGCGUGGAAUUCAACUCCCAGCAUCUUCUCCAGAGUGUAAUGCAUCAAUAAACGUAAUUUAUUAUUGGUUCAUCUUCAAUUUAUCCAUCUGGAUGAGAUGCUUUUUUUUCGCAGCUCCGAUUUUCCCUUGAUCAAUCAAAUUUUCUAUCGAUUGCGGAUUGUGGCGACGGUGUUGGAGGUUCUGUUGAAUGCUUUUCGGUGUCCCCAUUUUUCGGUGAUGUCGCAUAAUUUCAUACUCGUUGUGCUAUGAGGGGUUUCCACGCUAUUUUUACGCAUACCGUUUCCACUCCGGUCCAGUAGUGGGAGACAAAGCCAAAAAGCUUUUAACAGUUUUCCGCUUUUUCUUUUUUUUUUCCAGCGGGAAGGCGGGCGCUUGAUGAAGCAGCAUAGAAGAAAACUGUGGCACAAACAGUUGGGAGUAGCGCUCGCAGUAGGUAUCCUGUGAUGAUGCGUGGGAGUAGGGAGUGAUUUUUGCAUUCGUGUUACUGCUGCUUUUUGCAUCGUUUUUUUUCUGACUCGCGUUUUCUUCUAAAGUUCCGUCAUAAUUGAGUUAUCUAUCCAUAUUGUGCAUGCUCUUAGGAUCAUAAUGGAAGCAGCAGCGGUAAUAGAAUAGCGAGUAGCGAGCGUUAGUUGUAUUUUUUUCAUCCGUUUGCUGUGGGUGUGAAGGCGCUGCUGGAUAGUGUUUUAUAAGUGU